AUGGCCGAUUCGAGUGCUACCACCCCUGCGGCCCCGGCCGAGCAGCUCGCCAACCUCCACCUCGACGAGGUCACCGGAGAACGCAUCUCCAAGAGCGAGCUCAAGAAGCGUCAGAAGCAGCGCCAGAAGGAGGCCGAGAAGGCUGCCAAGGCUGCCGCCGCCCCCCCCAAGGCUACUUCCAGCAAGCCCAAGAACGCUGCCGGCGGCGAGGAGGACCUCAACCCCAACCAGUACUACGAGAUCCGUACCCGCCAGGUCAACGAGCUCCUCAAGAACCCCGAGACCAACCCCUACCCUCACAAGUUCCAGGUCAACUACGAUGACUCCAACUUUGUCGAGGAGUUCGGCUCUCUCAAGACCGGCGAGACCCUCCCCGAGAAGGAGCUCAGGAUCGCUGGCCGUAUCUACAACAUCCGUACUGCCGGUGCCAAGCUGAUCUUCUACGACAUCCGCACCUCUGCCGACACCAAGAGCAUUGGUACCCGUAUGCAGGUCGUCUGCCAGGCUCAGCUGGCCAAGGAGGGUGGUGUUCCCUUCGAGAAGCAGCACGCCCACCUCCGCCGCGGUGAUAUCAUCGGCAUCGUCGGUUACCCCGGCCGCACGAACCCCAAGAACCUCAAGGAGGGUGAGCAGGGUGAGCUUUCCGUCUUCGCGACCGAGGUUCAGCUUCUCAGCCCUUGCUUGCACAUGCUUCCCAGCGUCCGCUACCCCUUCGCCGACGCUGAGCAGAGAGCCCGCAUGAGGUACCUCGACAUGCUCUGGAACGACAGGAGCCGUGAGACGCUCUGGCAGCGCAGCAGAAUGGUUCGCUACAUCCGUGACUUCUUCCACGAGCGCCGCUUCAUCGAGGUCGAGACCCCCAUGAUGCACGCCAUCGCCGGUGGAGCCACCGCCCUUCCCUUCGUCACCCACCAUAACGACCUCGACAUGGAUAUGUUCAUGCGUGUCGCUCCCGAGCUCUUCCUCAAGAAGAUGAUUGUCGGCCAGUUCGGCAAGGUUUUCGAGAUGGGCAAGAACUUCAGAAACGAGGGCAUCGAUCUCACCCACAACCCCGAGUUCACCUCUAUCGAGUUCUACUGGGCGUACGCCGAUGUGUACGACCUUAUGUCCAUCACCGAGGAGCUCGUCUCUUCGCUCGUCAAGGAGCUUACCGGCUCUUACAAGACCAAGUUCACCAACCAGCACGGCGAGACGUACGAUGUCAACUGGGAGGCCCCCUGGCGCCGCGUUGAGAUGAUUCCCGCCCUCGAGGAGGCCACGGGCGAGAAGUUCCCCCCUUACGACCAGCUCCACACCGACGAGACCAACGCCUUCCUCCAGAAGGUCUGCAAGAAGAUGGGCGUCGAGUGCCCGCCACCCCUCACCAACGCUCGCAUGAUUGACAAGCUCACCGGCGAGUUCAUCGAGGAGACCUGCGUCAACCCCACCUUCAUUCUCGAGCACCCCCAGAUGAUGUCUCCUCUCGCCAAGUACCAUCGUUCCAAGAACGGUCUCUGCGAGCGUUUCGAGGCCUUCGUCUGCAAGAAGGAGAUUGCCAACGCGUACACUGAGUUGAACAACCCCUUUGACCAGAGACUCCGCUUCGAGGAGCAGGCUCGCCAGAAGGACCAGGGUGAUGACGAGGCUCAGCUCGUUGAUGAGAGCUUCCUCAAUGCCCUCGAGUACGGCCUGCCGCCUACCGGUGGUUGGGGUCUCGGUAUCGAUCGUCUUGCCAUGUUCCUGACUGAUAACUACUCGAUCCGCGAGGUUCUUGCCUUCCCCUUCCUUCGUGAGGAGAAGACUGCCCACAAGGACAAGCAUGCCGCCGAGCUUGCCGGUGUUGAGCCUCUCCCUGUGGAGGAAGUUCCCCGCAAGUAA